UGGCACCCACAAAAGCACAGCCCAUCCAGCCAUCAGGCGCUGUGGGGGAAUUCAAUUUAAAUAUCAACUGAAAAACAAGAGAAUAAUUUCGUUAAAUUUCGGUUUUGGAUCGGUUCGUUACGGUUUUUUGGAUUCUUUUUCUUCAUUCGAAAAAUAUUAUAUUAAAAAUGGAACGAAGCGCCGUUUGUUCUUGUGCGUGUCGAUAAAAAAAAAGUGUUCAUAAAUCAGUGGUUCCUCCGGCCAGUGGCCAGAGCGAGAGUUGACUUUUGUUUCUUCGGAGUUUUUGAUUUAUUCUAACGGUGCAAGUGUGUGACGUACCCAACAAUCCAUCUAUCCAUCCAUCAGCAUCCAUCCAACAAUGGACUGGCGGCCGCCUUCUCUCCAUGCAGCCUGCUUGGGCCUGCUGCUCUGUCUGCUCCUCCUGACCACAGCGCAUGCCUGGAGCUUGCCGGCACUGGCACCGGCAUCGGCCUCCCUCUCCGUGUCAGUGCCAAUCAGAGCAGUAGCAGCAGCUGCAGCUGCAGCACCUGUUCCCCGACGCUUAAAUGAGGUCUCGCCGUAUUUGGAUUUAGCCUUGUGCCCCUUACGUUCCGAGCCAUGGACCUGUGCCCGCCAGCAGUCGGCCAGGAUACUGGAUUCCUGGGACGGUGAACUGCAUGUCCAGUGGCAGAAGUUAAAGGUCGAGGCCGAUCGCCAGAUGAAUGCAACGAUUGAGCGACGCGGCUACAGCACCUCGGAGCUGCCCCUGAAAGAGAAGCCAUCGACGAUACUAAAGAAAAUUGAAAUCGGCACGAAUUAUAUGAAGAAAUAUCUAGCCGAAACCAUGGACGGCUUCCUUGGCCGCGAAUACGAGUAUUUGCAGACCUCGAAAGCAACGCCAGAUGAUAGUGAAAACGACCAGAGUGGGGAAGACGAUGAUGAUGACGAUGAGGCGGAUGCAGAGACUGCAGCAGACAGCAGCGACACCGCUGAGGAAGCUGACCAGGAGGACGCCGAAGACGCCGAAGACACAGAAACAGAAGGUGACGGUGAUGGCGACGCCGACGACGAGGAAGAUGCUGAUGAUGCUGAUGAUGAUGCCUCAGACAACACAGCGGAGCGGGAGCCCGAUGGUGGGGAAGAUGAGGCGGACGAGGAGGCGGAGCCAGAAAGUGAAAAUAAACCCAUUUCGAGUGUGAUCAGCGUACAGCCAGCAGAGCUGCAGGGAGAAGACCUCAAGAACACGGUCUUCAGCGAGGACAGCACCUCCACGGGUGCGGAGUUCAUAGAGCUGCAGGAUGGCGAGGAGACGGCCACGGGAGCAGUGAAGAAACCCAGCGGCAGUGGCAAGCGCAAAAAGGACAAAAAGAAGAACAAGAAGCGCAGAAAGAAGGGCCAAAAGGGACACGGACAUGGACAGGACCAAGGACAGACACAGCCAGCCACAUUGGUGGUGGUGCAGGCAGCGCCCGAACACCACGAAGUGGACUCUGGCCACGGCCAUGGCUCGCAUAUCGCUAGCCACGGCCAUGGACAUGGCGGUGGCAGUGUGGAGCACGAUGAUGCCGGUUCCGGUUCCGUUUCCAGGCCUCACAAGCGAAAGCAGAAGAAACGCGUCAAGGGACAGAAGCGCAAGCGCAAGGGACAACACUCGAACAGCGGGACGGCGGUGGAGCACGAGCAGAACGAUCUGAGCCUGGGACUGGGCCUUCUCGAUGACCUGACCGAAGCCAAUGACGAGCUGCUCGGCGGCGGUGGCAAGCGCAAGCACAGGAAUCCAAUUAGAUAUGGUAGAAGUAACGGAGUUACCCGUGGCAAGAAGAAGAAGAAGAAGAAGGCCCUGGCCAAAUUUAUGCUGGUCGGCACCUUCCUGAAGGCCAAAAUCGAGCUGCUGCUGAAGAUCCUUGGCGCCCAUCUGCAAGUCAAGUUCUUUGCCAUUGCGCUCAUUGGCCUACUGAUCAACAUUGCUCGCUUCUGGAUCGAUGUGAAACGCGGCAGUCCGCCGUCCAAGAAGAGAAAAAACACAGCAGCGAUAAUGGCACGCGAGGAUCAGGCACCGGCAGAAGUGCAGGAAGUCCAGGAGUUGCCAAGCGAAAUGGAGAUGGAGUCCGAGUCGGAGUCCGAGCAGGUGGCAGCCCCGGCAACACCUUUGGGCACUUUGACCCUGCCGAGUAAUGCCACCUCCAUACGGGCGGACAUUACCGACAACUUUUCGUGUGCCAACAAGACCUACGGCUACUAUGCGGACGUGGAGAACGAUUGCCAGAUCUUCCAUGUGUGUCUGCCGGUGACCUAUGCCGAUGGCAGGGAGAAUACCUUCCGUUGGAGCUUCAUCUGUCCGGAGGAAACCAUUUUCAGUCAAGAAUCAUUCACGUGCAUGCGUCGCGAGGACAUGACCAUCGAGUGCGAGGAUAGCGCCCGCUACUACGAGUUGAAUGGAAACUUUGGAGGAGCACCUGUGCAGGAGGAGGAGAAGCAGCAGGAGCAGGCAGCUGAGCCAGAGGAGCAGCAGCAGUCGGAGAAGGAUAAGCAGCCUGUGGAGGCCGCACCCGAACCCGCACCGGCACCCGUUGCCCAGCCCUCCAAGCCCGUCAAGGUGCAGUCCAAGCCCAAGCCCAAGCCGAAUCGCCGCAAGCCCCAGCCACAGAGAAAGGCGCCCGUCACAGAAGCUGCACCCGUGGCAGCCGAGACUGAGGCUGUAGCCGAGCCCGUGGCAGAGUCCAAGCCCGGCAGCAGUCCGCAGCGUUUCACCAUGCGGCCACACAAGCAUCAGGCUGUUGUUGCUGCCCCUGCCCCUGCCCCCGUGCGCAACGAACUCUUUGCCGGCAUUCGCAAACGGCCAGCGAUCUUUAACAAGCCAACGACCACACCAAAGCCCGUGGAGGAACCUGCCGUCACGGAGGCGGCCGUUGUAGAACUUAGCGAGCCAGCGCCAACUGUGCAGCUGCAAACGAUGUUCGAGGAUGCCGCACCUGUCCAAACCGUAGAAGAAGUCCGAGAGCCGGAGGUGCAGGCCUCAGAACCAGCGGUGGCCAUAGCACAGCCGGAAGAAGCCACACCAGAGGGAGCAGCACCCACAAAGAUUGAAACUGAAACCAGGCUGGAGGAAGUGAAGCCCAUUGAGGCCAUCGAAGAGAUUCCCGCUGUUAUUUUCGAGAGUUUGGAAGCAACAAAGCCACAGGAUACGGAGGUGGAGAAGCAAAAGGAAACGGAGGAAGAAGAGACACAGUAUACAGAGGAGAAAAAGCCAAAGGAUACUGAGGAGAAGAAGCCAAAGGACACGGAGGAGGAGCAGCCAAAGGAAACGGAGGAGGUGAAGCCAGUAGAGGAGCAAACCAAGGAAGUGCCAGCUGUCGAAGAAGAAAAGGAAACGCCAGCUGCCGAAGAAGAGAAGGAAGUGCCAGCCAAGGUUGAGGAAAUCCAAGAGGGAAACCGCAACGAGCCCGCCAUUAUGGAGUCCGACGAGGAAAUCCUCAGCAACAUUGAAGCCCUGGAGGCAGCCAAGCCAUCGGAUGCACCCGAGAGCAUCCCAGCCACACCAGAGAUGCAAGAGCACAGUCCCCUGGUGGAGCAGUUGCUCCUCGACAAUAAGGAGACGCAGGAGUCACUCGGUGGCUUUAAGCCAGUCGAUCCAGUGAUGGCCGCCGAGGCAGAGCAGCUGAUCACAGAUUUCCUCAAUACUCUGAAGAAAAACGAAGAGAAACCCGAGACUGAGCUGGCCACAGCAGCCAUGGACAUGGCAGAGAUUCUAAACGAGAAGUUGGAGGAGCCCCAGGAGACGGACAUUAAACAAUCGCCAGAUGUUUCCAUUGAGGAGGCCAAGCUGCCAGAGCCCGAAAUCGUUGACAAGAAUGCCUCAAUUGAGGAGCAGCUGCUGGAGGAGUCAGAGCUGCAGAAGUCACCGGAAAAGAUAAUGACCGACUCGCCCAUUAUAAACAUAAUGCAGUACAACCAUCUGCCAAUGGACUAUCAGAUACCCGUGCAGGUAAUCCCAUUGGAGCAGCAGAUGCAGCCACAAAUUGAAACCAACGCCCAGCCAGAGGCUUCACAGGAAGUCAAAGAAACAGCAGCCGUACCAGAGGAAGUCAAGGAAGCCGUACCAGAGGCUCAGACAGUCGAGGAAACCUCUCAGAUUCAGCUGGAAACAGAGCCAGAGAUCAAACCCGAUGAGUCGCCCAUCCACAAUGAUGAUGUGGAUGCGCCCCAGGAGAGCAUAGCCACUGCUGCUUACAUGCCCUCAAUCAGCAUCGAUGAUAUUGUGGAGCUCGUGAAGGAGCGCUUGGAUCAGACGCCCAAGAACGAACAGAUGGCUCCCAUGGAGCUGGUCAUAACGCCAGGCGCUGCAGCUCCAAUGACACUGAUACAGAACCCAAAACCCGAAGCUCAGUCUGAGUCGGAGACGAAGUCUGAGUCUGAACAGGAAUCGCAACCAGAACAGGAGUUGAUUCUGCCCAUUUACAAGCGCAUUUCGAUGGCCGAGCCCAGCAUGUCCAAGGUGCAAACGUUGCCAGUGACUGUCAGCAAGGUGGAAACGGAAACGGAAACAGAAAAGGAAUCCCAGCCCGAGGUGCGAGAGCCCAAGUCGCAGUCGCGUGACAAGAUGGAUGCCCGCAAGCGUAGAUUUCUGUUCCGCGCCGAUGCCAGUUAGGCAUGUCUUCUAGCCAAAAGAAUCAGCGAACGAACUGGCGGAGGCGCAGCCCCCUGUUCACGUCCUAGUUCCCUCCCCCCCCCCACCCCUCUCAUUUGCACUUUUAGGCAAGUCUUAAAUUAAUUUAAUAUUCCUUGAUUUCCUAGUUUUAUAUAGUCAUUUCGCGGCACGAGAGUUGAAAUUUAAGUUUAGAAUUGUUGUUGUUCCAACGAGUUAACGAGAAAACAAAUUCCAAAAAAAAGGAGAAAAUUUGCAACAAAAAAA